GCAGGACCUUUGCUCCCAUUUCUUGUUAUUUCUUUCUCUCUACUGAUCUUCAGAAGAAGUUAUUUUUGAUCUGUUUCUCUCUCAAUCUUUAUUUCGAGGUUGUUUUUCUCUUGGAGGCAUAAAAAAAUUGACAGUACAUAUCAGUUGACGGAGCUAAAAGAUAGGAGUUUUGAACUUUGAACGAAGCCCCCAAAUUCAAUAAAAGUACUCAUCAGUGAAAAGCUUCAAAAUGGAAGACACAGUACCAAAAGUAGCGUAGAAUCUGAAAUGGGUCAUUGAUCUUGUUGAGGCUAUUGAGGAAUUAGGGCAUAUGGGGGCUCCAGUUUUGUAGUUUCAAUUUGCAUAGCUUAUUUUUCGGGUUCAACCCGUAAUCAAGUUAUCUCUUCUUUGUUGGGGAGAAAUGGAUAUGGGUGGGAAGGAUAAUUUUGAGCAAGACAAACGGAAUGAAGAUCAUCUUAUGAGCUACCAUUCGGCCAAUGCGGCCUCGGACUGGCGAUUUGGUGUGUCCAAUCUCUCAAUUCCCACUAGCAAUCCCAUGGAAGUUUGUAAAGGAGGUAUAAUGGUGUCUCCUUCCUGUUCCUCUGCCCCUAUUAUGGAAGCAUUCUGCCCAAUAGUUUGGGACCACCCCACAAAUGCCCAAAACUUGGGUUUCUGUGACAUUAAUUUGCAGAAUAGUGCUAGCACUUCAAACACGCUGGGACUUAGGAAAGGUCCUCUGGGUCCUUUGAGUAUUGAGAAAACAAUUGAUAUGGUUUGGACACCACCAAAUUCAAUAGUGAAAGGGGGUAUUUGUUUACCAUCUGCUCCUGGAAUGCUUCCUCAGAGCUUAUCUCAGUUUCCUGCAAAUUCUGGUUUCAUUGAGCGGGCAGCGAGGUUCUCGUGCUUCAGUGGGGGGAAUUUUAGUGAGAUGAUGAACCCUUUUGGUAUUUCUGAAUCUAUGAACCCUUAUACUAGUGGUGCAGCAACAAUGCAGCGACGACAACAAGAGAUGUUUGUAGGAAAUGGGUUGAAAUCUGUAUCUGGUGGGCAAUCCCAGAAAAAUGAGGUGAACAUGAUCGCUGAAGCUUCCAAAGCUGUUUCCUUUUCUGUUGAGCAAGGUGCUAUUGAAGGGAGCCCACUCAAGAAUGAGAGAAAGAGCGAGAACUUUGUGCGAUCUCAAGAUGAAGCUAAACAAGAUGUUGGUGUGUCUGGUAAGGAGUCUGAUGAUCAAGCCGAAGUUAGUGGUGGUGGUGGUGGUCAAGAGGACCCAUCUAGGGAACCUUCAGCCAAAGGACUUGGGUUAAAGAAAAGAAAAAGAAGUAGUCAAGAUAAUGAACUUGAUGAAGUCAAGGAAGCCUCGCAACCACCUGGUGAAACUACAAAGGAUAGCAUUGAAAUUCAACAGAAGGGUAAUCAAACCCGAACUUCAAUGACCAUCAAGCCUAGUGGAAAACAUGGUAAACAUGGGUCUCAAGCUUCGGAUUCACCAAAAGAAGAGUACAUACAUGUUAGAGCACGGAGAGGCCAGGCAACAAACAGUCACAGUCUUGCAGAAAGAGUUAGAAGGGAAAAGAUUAGUGAAAGGAUGAAGGUUCUUCAGGACAUUGUACCUGGUUGCAGCAUGGUAACGGGCAAGGCAGUUAUGCUUGAUGAAAUUAUUAACUAUGUGCAAUCACUACAACAGCAGGUCGAGUUUCUGUCAAUGAAGCUUGCAACAGUUAAUCCAUGCCUGGACUUUAACCUUGAAGGGAUCCUCACAAAAGAUAUGCUUCAGUCACGAGCUGGUCCUUCAUCAACACUAGGUUAUUCACUAGAUUUAACUAUGCCCUUUCCUUCACUGCAUCCACCUCAACCAGGAUUGAUCCAAGCAGGCCUCCCUGGUAUGCCAAACACAUCAGGUGCACUUCAGAGAUCCAUUAAUACUCAUUUGACAGCCAUUAGUGGAGGAUGUAAGGAGCCUACCCAGGUAGCGAAUAUGUGGGGGGAGGAUGAGCUUCACAAUGUUGUCCAGAUGGGCUUCAAUUCCAGUGCUCCCCUCGACAGCCAAGAUUUAAAUGGAUCUUUGCCAUUAGACCAUAUGAAAGUUGAACUUUAAGUUAUCUUCAGUUCUUGAUGCCCGGGCUAUAUAUGUUGCUUUUGAGACAUCAGGGAUAAUCACCAUUUUCCUACUUCAAAAUGUGCAUGUUAUUGACAUAUCACUGGGUUUUUGCUGGAGCUCCGGUGGGUGAUCUGUUACACAGCCAAUUCUCAGAUAUCUGAUGCUGUGCCAGCCCCCCUUGUUUAUCAAAAUAGAAGUUCAUCAAAAGAGAAUUGCACUGUGGUUGAGAGAAUUUGUGGAUCAAAAAGGUGUAGUAGAUUACUGAACAAUACCAUUGGCUGGUAUGUGUUGCAGAGGAAUCUCAACUGUAGUAGUUGGGUUUGAUCUUGUACGCAUUUUGCUGGGUUGGGUUUCAAACGAGAUUGGAGUUGAAACCAUAAAGAUGUACUUGUUGAAUUUGUGAAGUGAGAAGUUAGAAAGUUAUAUAUGUUAAAUAUAUAUAUUGAUCAAUGAAGAUGAAAUGUCAUUCCUGUUCUGAAAUUCCUUUCUAGGAGUAUUAUGACUUAAUUAUUAUUUUGGGUACUA